UUUGCUCUCGCAAGUCUGAGUUAGGGUUUUGCGGAUAAGAGAACAUGGCGGUCGCGUUCUUGGGUCGGUCUUUCAUCACCAAACCAUCUGUAGCAGUGAUUUUCUCUCGCUCUUUCACAUCAGCUUUUAUUUCUGUUCCUGGUUCUGCUUUCACUUCUCGUUAUUCGUCACCUCUUCUUCGACUCCGGCCUCUCGUCGCCCUCACACAGUUUAAUCGGAUAUCACCGGCACCAUUUGGUCUGAGAUGCUUUGCGACGCGUCAGACGUCAUCGUCUCUCAACGAUCCCAAUCCCAACUGGUCCAAUCGGCCACCGAAGGAGACGAUACUUCUCGAUGGCUGCGAUUUCGAGCACUGGCUCAUUGUCAUGGAGAAACCUGAAGGAGACCCCACAAGAGACGAAAUUAUUGAUAGCUACAUCAAGACCCUCGCUAUGGUGGUUGGGAGUGAGGAAGAAGCGAGAAUGAAAAUUUACUCUGUCUCAACACGAUGCUACUUUGCUUUUGGAGCUCUUAUUUCUGAGGAACUCUCCUACAAGAUGAAGGAGCUGCCCAGGGUGCGGUGGGUUCUUCCUGACUCUUACUUGGAUGUCAGGAAUAAAGAUUAUGGAGGUGAACCUUUUAUUAAUGGGCAAGCAGUUCCAUAUGAUCCUAAAUAUCAUGAGGAAUGGGUGAGGAACAAUGCACGGGCAAAUGAGAGGUCCAGGCGCAAUGACAGACCUCGAAACUUUGACCGGUCAAGGAACUUUGAAAGAAGAAGAGAAAAUAUGCAGAACCGUGAUUUCCAGGGAGGGCCUCCACCCAACAUGGGAGGGCCCCCACCCAACAUGGGUGGACCGCCACGAAACCCAAUGCCCAACAUGGGUGGACCGCCGCGUAACCCAAUGCCUAAUAUGGGAGGAGCACCGCCUAACCCAAUGCCUAAUAUGGGAGGAAUGCCAAAUGUGCAGAACCAGAUGACUAAUAGAGAUGCUGGACCAGGUGCAGGGUUUCCAAAUGUGCCUAAUAGAGAAAUGGGCGGCAUGCCACCAAGAGAUUUUCAAAACAGGGAUGCAGCUAACAGUGGAGCCAUGCCCUAUCAGAGCAGGGAUAUGCCUACUGGUUCCAUGCAAAACAGAGAUAACCAGAGCAGCUACGUACCUAACAGGGACAUGGGGAACAUGCCUAGUGGAAAUCAUUACCAGGUAAGAGAUAUUCCUGGUAGAGACUAUCAAUGAGGUUGAAUUGUAGAUAAGUGAGGUAAGCUUCGAGUGGCAGAUCUAUCUUGAAUUUUUGGAACUAAUUGUUAAUGUGCAAAUAUGGAUAAGAACGGUCAGUAGUCCAUGAAUAUUAAUGUAAUUUGAGGGAUAAGAAUUAAUUUUUUCUUUCCUUAGCCAGUAAUUUGUAGACUACUGGGUACCAUUGAUAUCUGCAAUUUGGUUAGAUCUCAAUCCUUUCAAAUGGUUACACU